AUGACCCUUGUCGAGACAUGGCUUUUGCCACCAGUCGGCCCAUCCUUGGCCAAUCCAAAAUCCGAGAGUUUCGCAUCCCUCAUCGCUAUGAAGAAACGCAAGCCCCUUUGCAGCCCCAAGAGCAACUUUGAGGCGGAGGCUCCAAGAAAGAGGCUGGAAAUACGAACCCCCUGUGAAGAUAUACCAAACACCUGCCAUUCAUAUUCUAUAAUUUUGCAGCCAGACAAUAUACAUAGGUUAAGAAAUGGACUCACUUCUAAAGAGAUGAUUCUCCAAGCUUCCCCGAGGCAUAAACUCGUACACCAAAAGCCUAUAAUCGUCCUCCAAACAGUAGCCAAUGAGUUUCACCAGAUUAGGAUGGGAGAACUGCCCCAGAUAGUUCACUUCUGCCUACAAUCAAGAACGAAGGACAUAAAUACAUACAUACAUACAAAAUCACAACUUAAUUAA